CAGCCUUUAAAAGCCGCGCUGCUCGGGAGAAGAGAAGAGAAGAGAAGAGAAGAGAAGAGAGAGGAGAGAAGAGAGAGGAGAGAGGAUGUUGGUGCAGAUCUGAGCCGCCAUGUUGCCGCAGGAGACUGACGUGGUGAGGCGUCUUUAGUGACGUGGUGCGGGUCUGCAGCCUGCUUGUUGUUUGUGCAGCACACAUUCCUUUGUGAAGGUGCGCCGCAAUGGAGCUGAAGAGCGCGUGUCGGGCUCUCCUGCUGCCCGCGCAAAUGUUGCUCUGCCUGGCCCGCUGCGCGCUCUCCUGCCUGGCGCCGAGACGACGGAAGCCGCUGGGCGAGGAGGUGGUGCUGGUGACCGGAGGAGGACGCGGCAUCGGCCGACACCUGGCCAAGGAGUUCGCCCGGCAGGGGGCCAAGAAGGUGAUCCUGUGGGGCCGCACAGAGAAGUCCCUCAAAGAGACGUCAGAAGAGAUCUCUCACUCGGGCACUGAGUGCCACUACUUCCUGUGCGACGUGGCCAAUCGGGAGGAAGUUUACAAGCAAGCCAAGGUUGUUCGAGAAAAGGUGGGAGAUGUUACUAUACUGGUCAACAACGCAGCUGUGGUCCACGGUAAAAGUCUGAUGGACAGCGACGACGACGCUCUGCUGAAAUCUCAGCACAUCAACACCAUGGCACACUUUUGGACCACCAAGGCCUUCCUGCCCCGCAUGCUGGAGCUGCAGCGUGGCCACCUGGUCUGCAUCAACUCCAUCCUGGCCCAGUCCCCCAUCCCCGGGGCCAUAGACUACUGCACCUCCAAGGCGUCCUCCUUGGCCUUCAUGGAGAGCUUGACACUGGGCCUGCUGGACUGUCCCGGCGUGGGUUGCACCACCGUCCUCCCCUUCCACACCAACACCCAAAUGUUCCAAGGCAUGCGAGUCAGAUUCCCUCAUCUGUUCCCGCCCCUCAAGCCUGAAGUGGUUGCCCAGAAGACGGUGGACGCAGUGCGAGCAGACGUGGCCUUCCUCUACCUGCCUUGGACCAUGCACGCCCUGGUGGUUCUUAAAAGCUUCAUGCCACAAGUUGCACUUGAAGAAAUCCACAAGUUUACGGGGAGUUACACCUGCAUGAACACAUUCAAGGGGCGGACAUGAGGACAUGAGCCUCCACCUGGCGUCCAAACAAGCCGGGCACCUCCCCUCGGAGGCAAUAUGGACCUCAGGACAUUUGGAGGUGCAGAAAGUGCCACCGCAAAGACAGCGGGGCGUUCCCAAGGUGCUUGAAGGUGGAACUUUAUUUUGACUGAGGGCUUCUGGGCACCUUUUUCAAGAGAGUCAGGGAUUAUGUGCGUGUGUCACUUGUUUUAGUCCAUUUUUAUGUUUCCUGUUUUAACUUGCUUUCAUUUGUAUUUGCAUCGUCCAGAUAAUAAAAUGCAGUUCUAGAGACAAA